GGUGAGAAACAACUUCCUCUCAUGAUAUAAAAAAUAAUAUUUCUAAUCUUUUACCGCGUUGUGCUGUAAGUACUAUGCAACUACAAUAUCUCUGGGUGUCUCGAGGUCUGAGAGAGGCUACACGUUGUUCACAGCAGCUAAAGCAUUUGAUUUUGAAAGCGUUAUUUAAUAGAUUAACUAAUAGGCGUGUAAUUUGUUAGAAUGAUCAUUUGUUAGAAUUAGUUAUAAUUAGCACGCAGCGGGCUUCGAUAAUAUCGUCUGUAUAUUACGUCACUUGUCUUCAGCAUUGUUACCGCGGGAAUUGUCAACUAAAGCCGGCUUCUGAAAGAGAAAGUGAUGAUGUCAUUCAUUAUCUUGCGUGAAGGAAGGCGCAUCUGGAGGUUUUUUCUCCCUCCCGCAUCUGUUGAAAUAAGGAACGCAGAUGUAAAACAAUUCAAACACGAAAGCAAAAGAAUUCCCUUUCUGUUCAAUUGUGGAAAAAAAUCAUGUAAGAUUGAAUCCGUGUUCGAGACGCAAUAAAAAAAAAACUAACAAAAAACUCCCCUUAUGAAGUGAAAUAAAUAGACAAAGGGCUGGUGCUAUUGUUCAUUCACACCUUUUCAGGACUUCAGAGCAACAUUGUGAUUGUAACGGAGACUGAGUGUGUAACUUUUUCUCACUGAGUGUAUAAUGAAUCACAUAGAGCUGAUGAAGUGUGUGCUGCUGCUCGUGUUCGUGUCGAGUGUGUGUGAAGCUGCAGCCCUGCCAUCCUGCCGGUGGGCACACUACAAAGAACUGAGCGAGAAGAGCAAGAACUUGCUGGAGCGUAUGGGUGGCCAGUUGCCACAGGAGUGUUUAGAGGGAAAAAACAGCUCCUCUCCUUCCUUUCCAAAGGACGUGUUCAUUAAAGCUCAGAAUGAAGACCUGGUCUUGGUGGCUCUUGAAACUCUGAGUGGAGUUAAAAAAAUCUUCAAAAACAACCACACACUAGUGAAGUGGGAGAGCGACAGUCUGGCAAUCUUCAGGAGCCUUGUGUUUAGACAAGUGAGAAAGCUGCAGGAAUGCGCAGGGAAAAAGUUCCAGACGGCGAUGGAGAAACCUGCGGACAGCAGCACUGCUACACUGAGGUCGUUUUUUGAAAAGCUGGAGGAGCGACUGAAAGAGAAGGAGUUCAGCUCGUGCGCCUGGGAGAUAGUGAGAACUGAGCUUCAGGGUGGCCUCGAGGAGCUUCAAACUGUUCUAGAGAGCAGGAACUAAAGAAGAACAAGCCACAGUGUUCCUCACAGCAUCCGGAGAACGUUUUCAGCGACUGCAAACAGUGACAUUUAUUUAUUUGUUUGUUGGUUAGUUUCUUUAUUUUAUGAAAACAAAAUCAUGUGUUUAUCUUGUUUUUAUUAUAAUAUAUUGUUAUUUAUUUAUUUAUUUAUUUAUUUAUUUAUUUAUUUAUUUAUUUGGUUACUUACAUUUCUGGGUAUUGAUGUAUGCUUUUAAAUAUUUGCACUUUUUAUAAAUAAAAUCUAAUCAAAUCAAAUUUUUAAAAAUAUAUAUUUUUUUAUAUACUGCUUUACUUGCACACUGUUACGACACAGUCUAGGUUGAGCCGCACAGAGUAACCGUUCAAAGACGAAGAUUUCUUAAUAAUGGAAGCCAGGAACGACAGACACAAAAAAAAAACAGUUUUCAAUAAAUCGGUGGUAUAUUGUACAAAUAGGCAAGUGUAUAUACAACUGUACAACUGUAGAACAACUGUAGAACAUAACACUAGGCUUAUCUUCAGGGUGGGCCAAGGCUAAAAUAAAAAAACAAAACUUCUUUACCUAAAAGAAAAACAACUCACUAAUCACUAAUUCACUAAUCCAGAAACAGAGACAAAAAGGACCCCACUCCCAAAAGAAAUGGCAGCCACACCCCUACUGUCGGUAAACCAAGUGAAACAUAUAUACACUGGUGAAUAUAUACAUAUAAACAGGUACAGGGAGGACCAAACUCACAGUCAGAACCAGAACAGCAGUCAGAACAAAGAAUACUAUAGCCACAAGGGCAAGCAAACAUGAACCAAAUCUCCCAACACACAAUCACAGGUAACCACUUCCAACCUCCUCCUCAACAACCUCAACCACCUCCUCCUCCACACUCUCCAGCUUCUCAACCUCUGUAAAUAGUGUCGCCUAUUAGUAAUGUUAUCAUGGGAUCAUGGAGUUCGGACCUGCACACAAAACAUGGGACAAUACACACAAAACAAGACUUCCCAUCCCCAAAGAAAGUGGGUUGUAAACACCAAAC